CACAUCAAGAAAUGCCGUGUCGCACGAGUCGGAAGAGAGGAAGUCCAGUACUCCUUGCGAGAUGUGAUAACAGUUCCUAGCCUGAAUGGUCCGGAUCAGAAGUUGAAGUGGUCAAUAAUUAAACAAGAGUAUCAGCACCUGAAGAACUUGGACUUACAUGACACCGACACAGGUUCAGUGCAACUCAUAAUUGGAACUAACAACUCUGACUUGAUUCUACCAAAACAAAUUGUGAAACCCUCUGGUCAACCGGAAGUUGACACAGUACCUUAUGCAGUUGAGACCCCACUUGGAUGGGCGGUGACUAACUGGUUACCUGGUGAGCGAAGAAUAGCAUCUCCGUACAAUGGGUUCAAUGUGUAUGAAAGAAGUUCAGUUGAAGAUGAGGAGCUGAAGCAGCUGGUCGUGGCUUAG